AUGCGUCCGCUUGGUUUUGUUCACAAACGAUGCAAAUCCUAUUCGGCGACGGUUCUCCUGCCCAAGACUACAUUCGCUCAGAAAAUCGAGCACAAGAAGAGGGCUGAGCACGACCGACAAGUGGCCGAGACAACGAACUUCGAUGAACACUAUCGAUGGCAGAGAGAGAAGGGGGAUCAUUCGAAGGGAGAAUUCGUUCUCCAUGACGGUCCUCCGUACGCGAACGGUCAGCUCCAUCUUGGCCAUGCCGUCAACAAGAUAUUGAAGGACAUCACAUGCCGGCACCGAGCUUUGUCUGGAUACCGAGUACACUAUGUGCCCGGCUGGGAUUGCCAUGGACUGCCCAUAGAGAGCAAAGCGAUCGCAGAGGGCGAGACGACGGACCCUUUGAUAAUCAGAGAGAAAGCUCGUGGGUUCGCUCUCAGAACCCUUGACGAGCAGCUGGAAGCCUUCAGGAAAUGGGGGAUCAUGGCCAAUUGGCCCAGUGGAAUUUAUCGGACUCUGGAUCCGGAUUACGUGGCGGCACAGCUCAGAGCAUUUUGCACCAUGUAUGAAAAAGGCUACGUAUUCCGCGACCUAAAACCCAUCUACUGGUCUCCGUCGAAUCGGACCGCGCUCGCCGAAGCUGAGCUGGAGUACAACCCGCAACACGAGAGCACAGCAGUCUACCUGAGAUUUCCCUUGAUCUCAGGCGAGCAUCUCAUACCCUCCGGCGUCGAGUCGCUUUCGGCUCUCGUCUGGACGACGACACCGUGGACUCUUCUGGCGAACCAGGCGAUCUGCUUCUCUCCCGGGCUUCGAUACAUCAUAGUUCGCAAGAAUCAUGAAAAUGACGGAAUGAUCAUUUGCGCUGAUCUCCUCGAAGCUCUCCAGAAGGAGUUCAACUGCGAGCUGAAAGUAGUUUCGAACUUCGAUACCGCUUCCUUCUCCGGAUUGAAAUAUAUCAAUCCUCUGACCGGCAGGCGGAGCAUCUUCCUACCGGGGAGUCACGUGAACUCUCAACGAGGAUCAGGCCUGGUGCAUUCGGCGCCCAACCACGGUCAGGAUGACUACGUGAACGCUCUGAAGCACAACCUGGCUCUGGACCCUUGUAUAGUGAACGAAGAGGGUCGGUACAAUGAGCUAGCGGACGACUUGCGAGGUCUCGAGGUCCUGACCGAAGGCAGCGCCGAAGUCGUCAAGCGUCUUCAAGCACAAAACUCUCUCGUCCACGUGAGCAAAUACAUCCACAGUUAUCCUUACGACUGGAGGAGCAAGAAGCCAAUUCUCGUGAGAUCUUCCCUGCAGUGGUUCAUCGACCUUAGCUCUCUGAGACACAAAGCCGUCGAGGUUCUGACGAACGAAGUCCAGAUGCAUCCCGAAAGCGCCAAGAAAAUGUUCUUGAAUCAAUUAGCCAUGAGACCUCAUUGGUGCAUCUCGAGACAGAGGUCCUGGGGGGUUCCCAUACCGGUCUACUAUAAAGAUGGGGAGUCCGUCCACAUGGACAGGAAGUUCGUUGAUCAAGUAUGCGAGGCCGUCAAAAACCACGGCACGGAUUUCUGGUACCGUCCCGAUGCGAAAAAUAUCCUCGGAAUCGACGGUGAGCUCGGAACUGAUAUCAUGGAUAUCUGGCUCGACAGCGGCUUAUCUUGGUCUACGGUAUUGAACGGGAAACAAGCGGAUCUCUACUUGGAAGGUGUCGAUCAGAUCCGGGGCUGGUUCCAAUCAUCGCUCCUGACCAGCGUGGCGCUCACUGGACGAGCUCCGUACAAGAAACUGUUCCUGCAUGGCUUCGUUCUCGACGGCGACGGUCAGAAAAUGUCCAAAUCUCUCGGCAAUAUAAUCGCACCAUCGGAUAUCACCGAUGGAAAGAAAGCUCUCGGUCUCAGUGUUCUCCGUUGGUGGGUCGCGAGCCAUGCCGCCACUUCGGAGAGCGUUCUGGUCGGGAAGAAUAUUCUCGACGAAUGCGAGGUUCUCAUAUCGAAAUUCCGUAAUUCUUUCAAGUUCAUCUUGGGCAACACGGCGAGCUUCCAGAAGCGUCAGGAGCUUGGCUAUGAAGAUCUAUUGGCCUUAGAUAAGGCCAUGCUACACACCGUGUGUGAGCUCGAGGGUUCCAUACAGAAAGACUACGACGAUAUGGACUACACGAGCGUUUGCAGAAAGAUCUCGAAUUUCGUAAUUUCGGACCUUUCGGCGGUUUACAUGCACGCAAUCAAAAAUCGAUUGUACUGCUACGGCGAGCACUCUGUCGAGCGCCGAUCGGCGUGCACCACGUUGAAACACGUUGGCUUCUUCCUGGCUCGCUAUACAGCCCCGAUCGCUCCGCAUCUGGCCGCGGAGUUUCUAGUCCAUCACAACAUCAAGCUCCAUGAGAACGUUAUCCCUCGGGUAGAUGAGCGGUGGAGGAACGAGCGCGUGAAUGAGGGUUACGGCAUCCUUCUGAAAUGCCGGGAAGUUUUUUACGCGCACAGUGGUGUUCAAGCCCCCUCAAAGGUCGUUACCCUCAUUCUCAAAAGCAUAGAGAUACUCGAGAAAAUUCAAGAUUUCCAAGAGGACGCGUGGUCGCACAACUCAUCGCUGACGGAUCUCCUACAGUGCAGUAAAGUCAUCCUGAUCGUCGGCAAUCCUCACGGAGAGGCGCUGGAAGUGGAUUCAGGCGUCUACAUGCAGGUCGGAGAUGCUGAAGAUUUCAAAUGCCCUCGAUGCCGUCGAUUCGUUUCAGAGAAGGAAGACGAUAUCUGCGCUCUCUGUGAAAGUGUCUUGAACCAAAAUUCUACCAAGGAGGCUCAGACGUCGGGAGUUUGA